CCCGCCCGGCCGCCCGCGCGUCCCCGCGGCCCCUCCACGGCCCCUCGGCGCGGGGGACUGGGGCGCCGGCCUGCGACGGGGGCCGCCGACGGGGGCGGGAGCAUCACCCUGAGCGAGAGCAGAGGACACAGCACUGAGCAGGCACCGGUCCAUCAGAGUGGCUCCGUGGCACUGGAUCCGACCCAGGCACAGAUCCUUGGAGAGCGGUUAUGGGAACAGAGGUCACCGUCUGUCUAGCUGGACGAUGUCCCCUCCCACAGGGCACCAGAUACAUCUUUUCAAGUUAAGUGGGCCAAGCCACGGGGUCAGAAUCGCCAUAGAUGCCCUACCGGUGCCCCCCAGGUGGGUGCCUCGUCCCUGGCAGCUGUACAUCUGAUAAAGCUCGGGCCAGGUCGCCAGGCUGCUCUCAGGUUCCGUGGCAAUGCCAUACUCCCAGGGGUAUUGCUUACACGUGGCCUGAAUUCAUCGUUUUUACCAGAGUUAAAUAAGAAAUCCUCAGACGGGACCACUGAAAAAGCUGUUGAUGAGCGCCGUUAGGGUAAAGCAGUGGGCGGUUGUCCACGCUGAGCACUGGCUCAGAGAGGCCCGGCGCACAGGAGCCCAGGCGCAGGGAGCUGCCGGCCAGUGAUGAGUGGCCGUGUGCCACUGGCUGAGAAAGCCCUGUCGGAAAGCUACGCCCGGCUCCGGUACCGGGACACGUCGCUUCUCAUUUGGCAGCAGCAGCAGCAGCAGCUGGAGUCUGUGCCCCCUGGGACCUACCUGAGCAGGAGCCACAGCAUGUGGUACUCACAGUACGGCAACGAGGCCAUCCUAGUCCGCGACAGGCACAAGCUUGGAGUCCCCCGGGACACGGGCCAGUCCAAGUUCUGUACAAUCAUGUGAUUCCAGGGAGAAAGCCCGGCCCGGGCCCUCGGCUGCGCAGAGAACAGGCCAUGAUCCACUCAGUGGCCUUAGUGGUUUCCAGUCCUUACUGGGAGAUUCUGAACAGUGAACGUGAUGACCCAAGAACCCAAGAGUCCCGGCAGCGGCUCCCAAGCCCUCUCCACAGUAUCACCAGUCCACAGGCCCAGUGGACCUGGGCCCUGGGCUCCAUUCUACCCCCGCCAGCGCUGCGGGCCCGACCCGCCCGGGGCACCGCUAGUUGCUGCUUUUCUCUUAGGCUUCUGAGCAAGACGGUCACCCUGGCUUCCCACCACUUUUCCAGAAGUUUCUGGGUUUUCAGUUAUUGCCUCCUGCCUGUUACAGAAGGGGGCAGGUCUAGAAAAAGAGGACAGAAUUAGCGUCAUGAAGGCCAAGCAGGAGUAAGCGGGCAGCAGUGGGGCCUUCGCCAGCAAGGCUGGCUGCGGAACGGGCACCGUGUGCAGUGCGCCGUGGGAGCUUCUACACAGCUUCCGGGCACUUGGGGGCGAGCAUGCGAGCGCAUCCAAAAACAUCACGGAAACCAAGACUUAUCUUCUUCCCAACCAGCUGCUGACAGGAUUUCAGAUGUCAUCACAGGACUGACAGGCAAAUUUGGCCUCUCUGCGCUGAGGCGGCAGCUGGUCACCCAUGGGGCGCUGGACAUGUGCCCUACAGGACACCACGCAGGCAGCCUCGGUGCAUCUGGGGGUAGUUUCUGUGAGGCAUCUGCAAAAGAUGUGCCCGUCUGUUGUAACUGAAGUCUGCGUGGCUAUGUAAAUGUGGGAAUAGCUUUUGUCAAAGCUGACCUUUCUAAAUAAAUAACCUUUGGGACACUUC